CAAGAAGCUUGUGUUUGAGCAGCUCGGCGCUCAUGCACAGCAGAGAGCGCUAGGAGCCGGAGGGGAGCGCAGCGAGUCCUGGCCCGUGGUCGUGCAGUCCAGGGGGCUGGAUGGCAUGCUGGACCCAAGCUCAGCUCAGCGUCCGGGCCCAAUAACGGCUUUUCCAAGGCAGCAGCUUUCUGUCCUGGCCCCACCGAGGUGCACAGCGUAAUGUCCAUGUUGUUCUACACUCUGAUCACAGCUCUUUUGAUCGGCACCCAGGCAGAAGCCCACCCCGAGAGCCAUGUCCCAGCAGGACACGCCAUCCCCCAAGCCCACUGGACUAAGCUUCAGCAUUCCCUUGACACAGCCCUCCGCCGAGCCCGCAGCGCCCCGGCAGGGGCAAUAGCUGCCAGGGUGGCCGGGCAGACCCGCAACAUCACUGUGGACCCCAAACUCUUUAAAAAGCGGCGACUGCGCUCACCCCGCGUGCUGUUCAGCACGCACCCCCCUCCUGUGGCCGCAGAUACUCAGGAUCUGGACUUGGAGGCGGGCGGAGCCGCCUUGGCCAACAGGACUCGCAGGAGCAAGCGGUCGUCCUCCCACCCUGUCUUCCACCGGGGCGAGUUCUCGGUGUGCGACAGCGUCAGCGUGUGGGUGGGGGACAAGACCACCGCCACGGACAUCAAGGGCAAGGAGGUGAUGGUCUUGGGGGAGGUGAACAUUAAUAACAGUGUGUUCAAACAGUACUUUUUUGAGACCAAGUGCCGGGACCCCACGCCCGUGGACAGCGGGUGCAGGGGCAUCGACUCCAAGCACUGGAACUCGUAUUGUACCACGACCCACACCUUCGUCAAGGCGCUGACCAUGGACGGCAAGCAGGCUGCCUGGCGGUUUAUCCGGAUCGACACGGCCUGCGUGUGCGUGCUCAGCAGGAAGACUGGGAGAAGAGCCUGACCUGCAGGACGCCCCUCCCCCCCUCCCCGAGCUCCCCCUCCACACCCUCCUGGGCCCCUCCCUACCUCAGCCUGUAAAUUAUUUUAAAUUAUAAAGACUGCAUGGUAAUUUAUAGUUUAUACAGUUUUAAAAAAAUCAUUAUUUAUUAAAUUUUUGGAAGCAUCC